AUGGCGAGCUUUUCUGUUUUCUUUACGUUCCUCUGGCUCACGGUUACCUGGAUAAUCUACAAGAGUAUCAGUAUACUGUAUGUUCGCCGACAGCAUGCUAUCAAAUCUCGUAAGCUGGACUGCGAGCCAGCGCCACUCUGGCCUGCCACACAUCUGGGCAUCUCGACGAUCAAACAGAUGAUGGCGGCUCAGAAAGCAGGUCGUUUCCCCGCAUAUCUCCGUGAGCGGGAGGAAGUCUUGUCGGAAUCGCAAAACAGACCCGUGCAUACCAUGCGACUGUCCAUUCUGGGAAACGAGGCUCACUUCACCUCGGAUCCUAAGAAUAUUCAAGCUUUGUUGGCGACUCAAUUCAAGGAUUUCGGACUAGGAUCUGCAAGAAUUGGCAACUUUGGUCCUUUGAUGGGCGAUGGAAUCUUCGCAUCAGACGGCAAGAGAUGGGAGCAUUCUCGAGCCCUUCUCCGUCCGCAAUUUGCUCGCGAUAACAUCAGCGAUCUGGAACUCGAAGAGGUGCAUGUGCAAAACAUGAUGCAGGCUCUUCCUGUGAAUGCCGAUGGUUGGGUUGAGGAGACCAACGUACAGCUUCUCUUCUUCCGCCUUACCCUCGACAGCUCAACAGAAUUUCUCUUCGGUGAGAGUAUUGACACUCAGCUUGCAGCACUCAGGGGUGGAGAAGCUGGAGCAGCAGCGGCCUGGAGAGACGAGAAAGUUUUCGGAACUGCCAUCGACAGUUCUCAAGGAUAUCUAUUCAAAGGCGCACGAUUCGGAAACUACUACUGGAUGGCUCACGACAAGCACUUCAAAAAGCUCUGCAAAGAUGUGCACAAUUUUGCCGACUACUAUGUGGAUAAGGCGAUCAAGGAGAAGCGAAGACCGUCGCUUACCAGGAAAUUCGUAUUCCUUGAAGAGCUUGCUGCUCAGACGCAAGAUCCAAUCGAGCUGCGUACCCAACUACUCAACAUCCUGAUUGCUGGUCGCGACACUACUGCCUGCCUGCUCAGCUGGAUGCUGCUACUCCUGGCCAAGAACCCAGACGUCUUUGAGAAGCUCCGUGAGAUUGUCAUUCGUGACUUUGGAAGUUAUGAGAACCCUCGAGAUAUUACCUUUGUGUCUCUGAAGGACUGCCAGUAUCUCCAACACUGUCUGAACGAGGCACUUCGUGUCUAUCCAGUUGUGCCCAUGGACGGUCGCCGUGCCCUGACCGAUACCACGAUCCCACGAGGUGGUGGUGCAGACGGUCUCUCGCCCAUCUUCAUACCCAAGGGUACCGAUGUCAGCUACUCGGUUUACGUCAUGCACAGACGUAAGGAUAUCUGGGGUGAAGAUGCAGAUGAGUUCAAGCCGUCGAGAUGGGAAUCAGGACGACCUAGCUGGGGUUAUCUGCCCUUCAACGGAGGUCCUAGAAUCUGCAUUGGCCAACAGUUCGCAUUGACUGAGGCUAGUUAUGUCAUGGUCAGACUGUUGCAACGGUUCGACAAGAUUGAGCCUACAGGGCCCACACUCGAUGCCGAACCAAAAAUGCGCCUGACUCUGACCUGCUGUCCUGCAGAAGGUGUUUGGGUCAAGAUGAGGCAAGCAAAAGAUGUUGCCUCUCACUAG